AUGGAAGGUGACACUUAAAUCAAAUUCCUUUAAUAUGGAAAAAAUACUUAUAUUUUUGCUCUUGGAAGAAAAUAUUUUGAACUAUUUACAUUAGUUAAAGCCCCAUCUAAAGUUAUUUGCUCUUCUUCCAAUAGCCUUGAAAAUCUAUAGUAUUAAAUAAUAUUCCAUUCUACAGAAUGUAAUGGAAAAGAAGAAUAAACUAAUUCGGACUUAACUGGAAUUUAAAAAAUGUUUUAAAUGUGUGAAGUGACUAUGAAUUUAAAUUAUAAAACAAAAAAAGCAUACCUUGAUUCGAGUAAUGUUGGACUUAUAUUAGGAAUCGUACUUCCUUUGCUUUUUAUUAUUUUAUGUAUUAUAGGAUAUUUCGGAUGGAGAUAUCAUAAAGAAAAAAUUGAGGUUAUCUAACUUGAAAGUGAUAAAAAGAAAUAUUAUGAAACAUUAAGUUUAGCAGAUUAAGAAAAAUAAUGA